AUGAACUCGCCCACCCGCCCGCGCCAACAACAACAACCACAAUCCCCGCGCGACAUCGACCCGGGGCACGGUGGCCACCGCAGAAACGACUCCUCCCGCUUCGACAGCCACGACGACUUCUACGCCUUCCUGGACAGCAACAGAGGGCCUCCUCCCCCCGGCGCCACCAAUCCCAAUUCCGGAGCGCCGAUGCAGCCGCCAAUGCAAGCGCCAAUGCCUCAUCAAUCAGCCCAGAAUCAGAUGCAGCAGGGGCAGCGUUUGCCGCCCGUGCCGCAGGCCAACCAGAGCAGACCGCCCGUGACAAACUCGUUCCCUGAGCGGUCGCGACCCCCUUCCAACACCGGCAGUCGGUCUGAGGAGAUGCUCGUGGACAAGAACCCCGGUGCCAAGGUCGCGCGCCAGAACGGCCGGCGCACGACUGGAAACAAGCCCUCAUCAGCGCCGCGCCCCACUACGCGAGCCGGCUCGCCACCCGGACCGUCGCAAUGGUCAGGCGGCUCCUCACCCAACCAGUCGGGCAACCAGCACAGUCGCCCCGUCUCCUCCGACGAUGCCAAGGCUCUGGACGCCGCGGCGUCGAUCCAGCGGCUCAAGAGCCCUAGCGUUAUGGACUCGGUGCUGCAGCCGCUCGGCCAGAAGGUGCACGAGUACGAGAUCCUGAUGCACCAGGAGCAGGACCAGAUGUCGCGCCUGGACGAGGAGAUCCGCGCGCUGCAGGACCGCCGCGCCGAGGCCGAGGUGCGCUUCAUCGAGGCCAAGAGCAAGCACGACGACUACCGCCGCCAGUACCAGGACGUCGAGCAGGCGAUGCGGGGCGCGGCGCCCCUGCAGAGAGAGCCGACGUCGCGACCGCAGACGCAGCAACGACAGAUCCCCAUUCACCACGAGGAAGAUGAUGACGAGGACGACCUUGAGGAUGAUAUGAGUCCGCCGUACAACCACAACCGGCGGAUCCACUCACAGCAGUCGUUCGGCAGGACGUCGCAGAAGGGGAAGCCGAACCGGUUCCGGUUCAGCCUCUUUGGUGGAGAUCGGUGA